AUGGGGGCUCUGGUGGGGGUCCCCCCGCCUCCCGACUUCCGUGUAAUUCUGAGCUCCGUGCACAAAGGCCUGAGUGUGCGCCCCGGCCGGUCAGCCGCCCAGUCCUGCACGUCGGCUCGGCCACCCAGGAGAGAGCCCAGCCUGGGGUGCGAGGAGGGGGGGGGCCCGCCUCCUAGGCUGUGGCUCCUGCCUCCCGGCUGCGAAGACUGGGGCUCCCCCUCCUCACAUCACGGAAAAGCCCGCCAGGGUGGUUCUUUUGUGCUUCCAAGCAGUUUUAUGGAGCCCGAGUCCCAGGAGCCGCUCGCCCCCCAAGCCUCUGCCCCGAGCCAGCCCUCCUGCUGCACCCGCUCUGACGUGGGGGAUGCUGCUUUUUUGAGCGGGAGAACCCGCCAGUGCCUGGAUGCCCUUAGAAUCGGCACUGACGGUGUAGGGGGAUCUGUGCCCCGCCCCGCUCCUAACGUGCACGUGGGGAGGCUUUCUGGACGCCCCAUGACACUCCGCAUGGCCACAGACCCUGGGCGACAGGCCUCUGGGCUGUGGGCAGAGGGGCGGCGGGACGGUGCCUGCCUGCAGGAGCAUGCCCGCCGACCACCAGGGAGGAUGGCCCUCAAGGACGGCCGCUGCGCUGGGCCUCGUGUCCCCUCGGAGGCGGGCGGUGCGGGCCUCACAGACCCCCUCAGGCUGCGCUGGAGCCCUGACAGCCGGGACAGCUCACGCUGCUGCCGGGGUCUCUCUGGACUUCGCUGGCGGCCAGAGCCCUAA